UAAUCGCCGUAAUAUCAGAAAUGACAACCCACCCAGCAGUGGACGUCCUCUCUCCUGCUUCUGUGGUUUCAGACCUCCUUUACCUGCAGAAAGACCCUCUGUCCAGAGGACGGCAGUGUUGCAGAAGCACUGAUUCAGACUGUCAUUAAACCGACAGAAGAAGAAGAAGGAGGAGGAAGAGGAGGAGAAGAAGAAGCAGAACAGCCAGCGGCCACUGGAGCAGGUCUGAGACACGGAAAUAAAGGAAUAUAAACAGUUGAUCUGUGCUACAUUUACAAAUCUUACCUGGACACAAUGCCUCGGAAGAAGGCUCCUGUUAAAGUGGGGAAGAUCCGAGAAAACUCCAGACUGAUGCAAACACAUGAGUCGAUGGUCGAUUAUCUCAGCGGACGUUCGUCUAUGACCUCCUUCAUGGACGUGUUCGCUCCCAACUUUUUAGGUUUGAAUUUUUUAAAGCCCCUUGAAGAUGACCUUUUAUAUUCCGAUGAGGACGAGGACUAUUACGACGAUGAGGAUGAUGGUCUGAUGGCUGCCGACAGGCCUUUAGCACCGCAUCCACAAAUCAAACAACUGACGGAUGAGGAGGCUGAAAAAAUCUCAAAAGAAUUGUUACAAGAAGAAGAGCGGCGUAAGGACAAAACUGAAAAGAACAAGCGUAAAAAAAUGCGUAAAAAAGAAAAGAAACGGCUGGAAAAAGAGAACGCGGUUAAGGACAAUUUACCGGAGGAAGAACAAGUGGAGUCUGACUCCUUGGAGAAUCACAAAGAUAGCGCUAUAAUUGAUAGUUAUCCCAAAGUUAACAAACCCAGUCCGGGUGAUAAAUCUCAAAAUGCAAUUGAGGCAGCCGGAGGUGAUGAGACUGGAAGUAAUGGAAGUAAUGAUAAGAAAGGAAAAGAAAAGAAGAAGAAGGAGGAAAAGGAUUUGGAUUUACAGAAUUCACAUGUUUCUUCUGGUAAAUCGGUGCCUGAGGAGACGUAUAACCUGAAGCCUACAGGGGAACCAAAAAAGAAGAACAACACGUCACUAAAAGUUCAGCAACCCGAAGAAAUAAAGGCUGCAGCAGAAAAACCCGCCGUUCAGAAGAAGGGAGAGAGCGAUGAGAUCAGUAAAGAGAAAACAUUGGAUUCUACAGAUGUGCUUGCAAAAAGAAGCAGAGAAUUUGCCAAUAUAGGAAAUCGUUUAGCAGCCUCCGGAGAGUAUGAAAAGGCAGUGAGUUACUUCACUGAUGCCAUUAAAUGCAACCCGAAAGAAUUAAAGUUAUUUGGAAACCGAUCUCUCUGUUAUGAAAGAAUACAGCAAUAUGAAAACGCUCUCCAGGAUGCGGACGUGGCCCUCUCCAUGGAGCCCAACUGGAUAAAAGGUUUAUUUCGGAAGGGGAAAGCUCUCUGCGGGCUCAAGAGAUACUUUGAAGCGUCGCUGAUCUACCAGAAAGUGCUGGAGCUGGAAAGUACGAGCAGCGAAGCCACACAGGAACUGAAGCGGGCGCAGACGCUGCACCUCAUGGAGCUGGGCUUCAACUGGGCGCAGAGCACCGAGGCCUUGAAGACUCACGCCACGCUGGAGGAAGCCGUGGAGGCCCUGUUUGCCGCCAACAGAUACCCAGCCGCGGUGGAGCCGUCGGCGAUGGAGGAAGAGGCGGACGAGCAGGGAGGGUGGACUGUCCUCCAAGCCAGCCGCUCUCGAACGCAGCAGGUCAGAGAGUCCGGGGAAGGCCGAUCCAAGUCCCACUCGCCGACGCCUCGCCCCAGAAACCAAGGCAAACCGGAGCUUUUCCCUGUUUGGGUUGGGACUCUGAGCCCUACCAUGACCUACACCAGACUCCACGAGCUCUUCAGCAGAACCGGAACCGUCUACAGCAUCAAGAUGCUGCUGGAGCAGCAGUGUGCCUUUGUCAACUACACCAAACAGGAGGACUGCGAGAGAGCCAUCAAGUUAAUCCACGGAAUGCUGGUGGACGGGGCGCCGCUGACGGUCAGAUAUCCCUUCAAAGUCCACACUGAACUCGGUGUGUCUAAAUCGGCCGCCACAGACGCCUCUGCUGCACGCCCCGGAACCUACAAGAAGGAAUGCUUCUUCUGGCGGACGAGCGGCUGCACGCGGCAGGACUGCACCUUCAGACACGUCCCCGAGAACAAGAACAUCGACAGGGAGAAAUUCACCAGCGGACUCGGCUGGAACCAGAAAUGAAAGGCGUGCAUGCUUUCCUCUGAGAGAGGGCGAGCCUAGAGGGCGGAGCCUGUUUUGUCGUGACAGUUUUGCCUUAGACUUUAAAUCCUGUGAAUCGAAGAAGCUCGGCCUGAGUUUAGAUCAGCAUCGCCAUGUUAGUCCAAACAGGAGUCCGUUUGUGUUUCAAUUCCGAUCCGUCUAAACUACAAAAUAAUAAAAACACAACUAUGACAAAGAAAAAACCCCAAAAAUAUGUUACAUUCACAUCUGAUCUCAUUUUAAAUGUUAGUCUUCAGAUGAACCAAUGCUUUUCAGUAUCAUAGCACCUGUUUAAAAUAGUGUUAAACCCUUUGAUUUUUGCUUUUUUGAGUUUAAUGGAUUUCUUUUUGAUAAGCUGGGUUUUCUGUUGAUUUCCAGUUCCCCACCAGGUGGCAGCAUUGUCUCUGGGCUGGGUUCAUCUCCAAACUGUCUAGAUAGUGCAGCUGCUUUUGUUUUUGUAUAUGUGUGAAGCCAUCAGUUGUUUGGUUCACUUGUUAUUAUCCAUUAAACUUUAUUCUGAAUCCCUUUUUGUUUGUUUUUUUGUCCACAAACUGAGUGAAAGUACAAUCAUCACGAGAGACUUGUCUCGAGGUAUCUUCUGUACCCAAAGUUAAUAAAGGAUUAAAAAUGUA